AUGGCUGACUUGAGGCAGUCCUUGCCCGCGACGAUGAAGCACUUUCUCAGGAGCUCGAUCGUGACAGGUCUGCUCCCGAAUUUGAAGAAGUGCGUGAUUGUCCUUGCCGUGGAGUUCGACAGAACCGAGCUAAAUAAAGAGUUCAAAAAGUGGGGGAUCAACAUAAAGUCCUUCCAGGUCGGCACCCACGGGAAAUAUCUUGGGGUAAUGAUCGGCCCGACUGGGCCUGCGGCUUCGUGGCAACUUGUUCUGGUCAAAUUUCUUUCCAGGAUCGGGCAUAUUAAGACGCUGAAGCUCGGUUUAGUUCAGAACAUCUACGCCUACAACUCGCUAGCCUUCUCGAUCUUGACGUACCUGAUGCAGGUACUACCGGUUAGGCCCGAGGUGAUCCGAGCCGAAACGAACGCUCUUCAAAGGCUGACCAUGGGUCCGAGGCACGCCAUCCCUACCCUGGUCCUCAAGAACUCCCUGGACUUUGGGUUCCCUGUCGAGCCCCGCAACCUCCAGGCCACGAACAAGGCCGCGAUGUUUCGGAUCGCCCUCCAGAGUUCAGCCUUCGCGAGAGUGAAGGAGCGUCUGCAUUUUCUUGAGCACGAAGAUGUCGAACGCUGGUCCGUGGCGUUCCUGCAGCUCCACGAGGGGACCGCCGCGGAGCUGUGGCACAGCGCGCGGGCCGCGCUCCGCACCGUCGCGGGCGUGCAGGACACGCAGCGGCUCGGGGUCCUGCCCCGGUUCUUCUUCACCAAGGCUGGCACGCUGCGCGGAACCGACACCGACGGCUUGAUACAGGACCACCUGGAGACCUCGAUGGAGCAGCUGCAGGAUCUGAAGCGCGCCGCGCGGGCGGGGCAGGCGACGUUUGGCCAGCUCCUCGAGUGGCUGCCGCGGGUGGCUCCCGGCCUGCUGGACGCGGACCUCGUGGUCUGCAGCGAGCCCUUCUGGCUCUGCCCCCCCCUGGCCGCCCUGCGGGCGGGCCCGAUGGCGGGCGUGCUGCACAUGGCGCUCCUAAACGAGUUCCCCUUCGAGGACGAGGCGAGCCUCGACGCGUUCUGGGUCAGCUUCUACGCCAUGGCGGAGCGCCACGACGUCGUCCUCUCGGUCGCCUGCCGCAUCACGGCCGAGCAGGUGCUGCACCAGACCGCCCUGCAGGUGCCCUACGUGCCCUUCCUGGGCCUGCACGUGCGGGCGCGCCACUCUCCCGGCCCGGCGCGCCGGGCCCUCCUGUUCCGGAACAACAGGCAGCACAUGAUCGCCUUCCGCGGCGCCCUGCGCCACUUCCUCGCGAAGGCGGACCCGCCCUGCCCGGUCGAGCUCGUGGACAUGAACGAUCGUCGUGAGGCGUUGCCCUACGAGGAGAUGGCCACCUUCCACAUGGCGCUCCUGCUGCCGCACGGGCCCAGCGCCCUGCGCCUGACGGACCUCUACGCAGCGGCCGUGCCGAUGCUCGUGCCCGCAGAGCCGCUCGUGCACAAGUUCGUGUGGGCCACGCGGACGUUCGGCGGCUACGACUCCGAGCCUCGCUGGCGUCAUCGGGCCCCGCAGUCGCUGCGAGCCGCGAGGGGCGAGCCUGCAGGUGGUUGGCAUCCAUAUUCGCCGCUCAAUUUCGUGCACUCGUGGGCGAUACACAGGCACAUCGACGACCGGCGCUACUGGUACCAGUAUACGGAGUGGGCGACGUUGCCGCAUUUGGUUACCUUCAGCUCUCUGCCAGACCUUCUGCUCGUUAUGGAGGGCAUGACCCUGGAGGAGGUCCGCAGAGUAUCCACCGCGAUGACGCGCCACCACUUGUCAAUGGUUGCCGAUGCGCUUGGCUGGUGGCGGGCGGCGCUCUGCCAGCUGACGCUCGGCAUGUAGGCGAAAGCUGGCGAUGAACUUGUGCCCGAGGCCGACUGCCCACUGGAGGAGACCGUGCCUGGAGCUGAAGCUGCCGACGGCGGCUUCUUCGCAGCCGGACCCUGGACCGCCACGCCAGGCCGUGCGCGCCCAGGUCGGGGGGCGAAUCGCUUCGAUUAUGGGCAGUCCUUCGGGAGCUCAUGCGCAGAUCCUGUAGGCGACGCUGCUGGGCCUCGUGCGCGGCCUCUCUCUUGCGUCCUCGCCUGCAUGGAGCUGCUAUGCUGUCCGGGCUCUGGUUGCUGGCCAGAACAGCUCGACGCUUGCGCCGUGGACUCGCAGCGAGCCCGCCGGGACGCCUGGCGGCCUCUUCUGUUAGGCGGGGCAUCCCGCGCGCGGCUGGCCAGCCAGGCCCACGCAGCCCGAAUCCAGCAGCGCGUCUCGCAGAGUCUCGCACGGGGCCCCUAUUCGAGCAGCUGGCCGGUCACCUGAAGGCCGGGGGUCCCUCGUCCGUAGCCGUUUUGGCUCAGGCCACUUUGGCUCAAGGUCCGUGGGCAUCUGUCGAGGUGGUCGAGGACCGUUUGAGCAGGGUGGGAGGCGGCCCGCCACCGGGCCCGACACCCUUGCCCCCUUUGGUGAGCUCCUGUUGGAGCCAUUAGCUACUGUACCAGGCUGGCCACAUCCUCGUUUCUCAGAGUGCCGCGAUGGGGGGGGGAAGCGCCGCUCUGAACGCCGUGGGCCGCAUGCCCGAUCGUCAUCGUAUGACUCACCGUGCACCACCCGACGGAGCGCCAGCCGCUCUGCCGCCUCGCGGAGGAGGGGCCGCGACCGAGACCGCUCGCCAGAGCCUGCGGACAUCGACCUCAUCGCGAACAGCAUCGUAGGCCUCAACCAGACCGUCUCGCAGAACACGCAGAAGAUGGAAGGCGUCCGAUCGGCAGCGCAAGGCAGCGUCAGGAGAUGCAGUGAGCUCGCCGACCACUUGACCCUCCUCCACCGUGACGCUGCGAAGAAGCAUGCCCAGAUGUCACAGGACCUUCGUGCUGCUGUUACGGAGCAAGACCGCAUAGUCGAAACUCUUCGUCCAGCAAUGUGCUCAGGAGGAUCGCCGAUGCAGACGGACGCCCCUCGCGUGCUUGAUUCCAACAGUGACGAGAUUGCCCGCCAGUUGAAGGACCUCGCAGGGCACUAGAAGAUUUC